AUGUUUCACGACGGGGAUCUCCAGAGUGGGAUCGCAUUGGCUUUGCGGGCCUCCAAAGCGGUUCUCUGUUUUGUCCAAGACGACAGCGAAACCAGCAAACAGUGGGAGGAUGUCUUGACAGAUGCAUCGAUAUCCCCAGCCAUUACGGCUCAAGCGGUUGCGUUACGGCUCCAGGCUGGGUCUCAAGAAGCCGGGUUCCUCACACCCUUCUGCGCGAUCAGCAGCGUACCGGCGGUAAUCGUGAUAAAGAAUGCCCAGCUGCAGACGAACCUUCAGUCCGGCGAUGUCGACGUCCAGGACUUGAAGGCCCGAUUAGCUUCCACGUUCGGAGUACAGGACGCCAGCCUCCAUGACCAAGUCACUGCAGAAUCAGAGUAUGUACAACUUUCCCCUAUUGGAAGGACUACUGUUGAUGACGGUAUCGUCAACAGGCACACCACCAAAAACCGGUCAGAUGGCGAGCAAUCGACAAGUCCUGGGUAUCUCGACCUUCAACCUACGGGACCUGGCCAAUGGAGGCUGCCGAACAAUGCCUACGACGCCCUACGAACGUAUACACAGAAACUGCUGGACGAAAGAACUGCGCCCAGUGAGGUUUUCCAGACUCAGUUAAGAUUGCUCAACAACAUUCCUAUAUUCCAUGAGGAAGUGGAACGAUUGAGAGGACAACAACAUCCCCAGGUCUCAGAAUACCUCCGCUCGAGACUGCUGCGCUUACCGGCCGUUGGACUUCGGAUACCAGGCCAGAACCAGACAGCCUCUGCUGGCCAGCCUGCAUCUCCGUCUCCCCUACAAUCCUCGUCUUCUCCGUCUUCUCCACAACAACAACGGCAGCAGCAACAGCGGCCUCCGAACAGGUCAGAGAUUCCGACGGUAGUGCCACCAGCUGGAACAGGAAUAACGUCUCAAACAUCACAAAAGAGCAGAUCUUCACCUGCUCCACCAGCACCAAGUCCGGCGGAAUCCGAUAAGCAAAAGGCCCAACGAGCAGAAUACAUGAAGAUGCAACGGGAGCGGGAGCAGGCCCAGCGCGCGGAACGCGAGCGGAUCAAAGCGCAAAUCAAAGCGGACCGAGAGGAACGCCGACGCCUAGACGAGAUGCGCAAGCACGGCACUGCCAACACCACAGAUCACCAGAACAACCCAUCAACCACCUCAUCUGUCUCCAGACCUACUACUACCAAACAUGCCGAAAUCAGACUACAAGUCCGCACCUUCGACGGCAGCACGCUCCGAGCCACAUUCCAGCCGUCAUCAACUAUCUCCGCCGACGUACGGCCGUGGAUCGAUUCGACAAGUCCCACAGCAGCAGCAACACCUUAUAACCUCAAGCUGAUCCUAACUCCUCUUCCCAACCGCACCAUCGAAGCCGGCGAGGAGGACAUGGCUUUGUCCGACUUGGGCGUCGUGGGCAGUUGUACGCUGGUCAUGGUCCCCGUCAAGGGAUACGUCGAAUCAUACACGGGCUCCACGCCCGGCGGAAUACUUGGCGCCGGCUACACUCUUGUCACUGGCACGGCUGGCAUGGUUUUGGGUGGUGUUAGGAGUUUAUUGGGUUACAACAAUAACAACAGCAGCAGCAGCAAUCCUACUGCAACGGCGUCGUCGCCAACGGAGCAGAGAGAUUCGACCCCUGCCGGUAGGGGUGGUGCUGCUACCAGAAACGCUCGUGUCCGUACCCUUGCCGAUCAACGUGCGGAAAGUCAGGGGCGUGAUCAGCAGUUUUACAAUGGGAACCAGCUGAAUUUCCAGCCGAAGGAUGACACGGACAAAAAUGACUAG